AUGGCCGUUCUGCGCACAGAUCGAGGCCCAUGUUUCCGUUCGAAGCCGUUCGCUGACUUCGUGCAAUCCCGCGCCAUUGCUCACAAGCUACUGCCGCCAUACUCCCCUUUCUCGAAUGGGAUCGUCGAGCGGGCGGUCGCCGCAGUAAAGUUUGUGGCUCGCCAAGUUGCCUCCAAGAGGAGUUGGCCUACUCAGCUCGGUAGAGCUAUAUCCCGCUUGAAUAACAAACCUCUCUCUGGUAUUGCUCUCUCACCCCAUGAGAUCUUCUUCGCGAGGCGUCGUCGUUUCUCGGUGGAGAAUGCAGUAAUUCCAGCGGACGAAGGAGCAGUUCAUCCGGCUGGCUCGGAAGAAGCGACCUCUAGGGAAGAGGUCCGAGACGAGAUAGAUCGUAUUGUGAACGAAGCUAGGGCGGCUGAUGCCGAGCUGCAGUCGCAACAUCGAGGGAGGAGGCCUCGCGACCCACCUCCUUGUGGUGUGAUCGGGGCUGUUACCCUUCGUUUGGUGAAGGCGUCAAUCAAGCCCGAAGAUUUGACGGAUGAUAAGAUCAAGGAGGUUGACUAUUGCAAUGUGCGCCCGGUUCUGCCAGACUGGACUGAUCUCUGCGCCAUUAAGGUCUCAAAGAAUGAAAAUCUGAGUGCCUUAUGA